GUAUAUUCUCUCUACCAAAGGCGAAGGCGCAAGGAAGGGAAGCUAGGGUUAGGGUUUUCUAGGUCUCUCGGUGUUUCGGUGGAUCUGCGGCUAUGGCGUUGCGGGCGUUCUACAACGAGAUCAAGGGGCUAAAGGUGAGGGAGCUUCCGGCGUACCUGAAGCCGAGGCUGACGUGGGAGAACAUCAAGAAGACCACGGACCAGGCGGCCGAUACCUACAUCGAGAAGUACAUCGAGACGAGCUCCUCCAUGCCGCUCUACCACGUCUGCAUCGGCGGAAUGAUUUUCUGCUACCUGCUCGCUCUACCCCACGAGCGUCGCCACCUCGAGCACCAGCAGCAGCUGGCCGCCGGCGGGGGCCACCACUGAUCCUGCCUGAUCCCCGCCACCGGCCUGGAUCUUUGCAGGUUUAAGAGCUUUUCUGAGGUCGACAAAAUAAACUGUGUUCUGUCUCUUGGCAUGGUUGCAAAAGCUAUUCUUCUGCCAUACUUUGUUUGCAGAAGCUGCAGAAAUAAAACUGUGGAUUGUGGUUUUCUUUCUAGACUUGCAUUCCCAUGAAUUGAUGUGUUUGUGUGAUUAUUCAAUUCCGUGGAAAUUGCAAAUUGUUCUGCUUGUUCA